GGAGUCCCGCGGCCAAGAUGCUCAAAGUCACGGCGCCCUCCUGCUCCUCCUCGUCCUGCUCGUCGGGCACGGCCAGCGGGGCCCCGGGGACCGACGGCCUCGUCCCGGAUUACUGGAUCGACGGCUCCAACCGGGACGCUCUGAGCGAUUUCUUCGAGGUGGAGUCGGAGCUGGGACGGGGUGCUACAUCCAUUGUGUACAGAUGCAAACAGAAGGGGACCCAGAAGCCUUAUGCCCUCAAAGUGUUAAAGAAAACAGUGGACAAAAAAAUUGUAAGAACUGAGAUAGGAGUUCUUCUUCGCCUCUCACAUCCAAACAUUAUUAAGCUUAAAGAAAUAUUUGAAACCCCCACUGAAAUCAGUCUGGUCCUAGAACUCGUCACAGGAGGAGAACUGUUUGACAGGAUUGUGGAAAAGGGGUAUUACAGUGAGCGAGAUGCUGCAGAUGCAGUUAAACAAAUCCUGGAGGCGGUUGCAUACCUCCAUGAAAAUGGAAUUGUCCAUCGUGAUCUCAAACCAGAGAAUCUUCUCUAUGCAACUCCAGCCCCAGAUGCACCACUCAAAAUCGCUGAUUUUGGACUCUCUAAAAUCGUGGAGCACCAAGUGCUCAUGAAGACAGUGUGUGGAACCCCAGGGUACUGCGCACCUGAGAUUCUCAGAGGCUGUGCCUAUGGACCGGAAGUGGACAUGUGGUCUGUAGGAAUAAUAACCUAUAUCUUACUUUGUGGAUUUGAACCAUUCUAUGAUGAAAGAGGUGAUCAGUUCAUGUUCAGGAGAAUUCUGAAUUGUGAAUAUUACUUUAUCUCCCCCUGGUGGGAUGAAGUGUCUUUAAAUGCCAAGGACUUGGUCAGAAAAUUAAUUGUUUUGGAUCCCAAGAAAAGGCUGACCACAUUUCAAGCUCUCCAGCACCCAUGGGUCACAGGUAAAGCAGCCAACUUUGUACACAUGGAUACUGCUCAAAAGAAACUCCAGGAGUUCAAUGCUCGACGCAAGCUCAAGGCAGCAGUGAAGGCUGUGGUGGCCUCUUCUCGACUGGGAAGUGCCAGCAGCAGCAGCCAUAGCAUCCAGGAGAGCCACAAGGCCAGCCGAGAAGCAUCUCCAACCCAGGAUGGCAAGGAGAACAACAAAGGUCUUCCAGAAGGAGAGAACAUGCAGGAAGAUGUGGCCCCGGUGGAAGCUGAUGGUGAAGUGGCAGAGAUGAGGAAGGGGCGGUCCGAAGAGGAGCAGGGAGACACCCGUGGAAAGGCUGAUAAGGCCCCCAGGGUGGUUCCUGUGUCACAGGAGGAUGGGAUGAAGAUGGAAGAUCCAACAAUAGAGAAGAAUCCUGGAGAAGACCAGGAGAGCACUCUUGUGGGACUGGCUGUUCCACAGCAAGAUGUGAUCCUGCCCGAGUACUGAGCUGGCUUCCUAUAGGUCUGGAGACCAACCCCAGCAUUGUCCCUACUUUGUCCCUCAGCCAGGCAGGUGUGGAAGCAUGAUAUGCAGCUAUAGUGAUUCUGUUUUUGAGGUGCAAAAACAAAACACAUAUAUGCCAGUUGGUAAUCCUAAUUUCAAUGCAUGUGAUUGCUUUAUGAAAAUAAUAGUGUUUCCUAUGGCAUGUAAUGGAUACCUAAUACUGGUGAGCUAAAUUUGAAACUGCAAGUAAACACAAUACUUAAAAAGAUAAUUCUCAGCCUCUUCUGGCACAUAUUUGAAGUGAGAUAGCCAACUAAUUUUUCUUUUCAAGCCUAGCCAUCUUAUAUCCUCUGAAUUUCUUCAAAGGCAGUAGUAAUUCCUAUGAACUACUGCUCACUUAAAACCAGUCAGAGUUAGAAGACACAUUCCCAUGGCUUUCCAAAUAUCUUCAUCAUUAUUGGGUUCAAGUGUUUAAAAGGGAUGGCUAUACAUGAUAGUCAUACACUGUGUGGAAAAAAAAAAUCUAUUUAUAAUGCUAAGAGAUUGAAGCAUCUUAAAAGGGCCAUGAAUCCAUACUGCCCUUAAGCUUAUGUGAAUGUCUUAUUUUAUUCUUACUUAUAUGAACUAUAUAGUAAUAAUAAUCAAAAUGUUCUAACAUAAGAUUCUACCAUUUUACAAUUCUAAGAAGAUUAUUUUUAAACUGAUUCUGAGUUCAUUUCCUUCACCUGUUGUCCAAUAAGACACCCCCUCCGGAUUAAUAAGACAGGUGAAAAUAAAGAAAUUUAGAAGAGAAAAGGAGAUAAAAUUGGGACUUAGACAAAAUCUGAUACUUUUAAUUUCCCUAUUUGUAAACACAUACAAUCUUGUUGAUAAGACAAAUGUUACAAAAAUACCCUAUAAUUAACAAGUUUCAAUUUUUCAGAAAAGUUCAUUAUACAUAUUAAUGUAAAAAUGUCUGAAUAUAUUUCAUUAUCAGGUAAUUCAUUGAUUUUAUUAGAACAAGGAAACAAUUUACACAAAGUACUCUCCUUUAGUUGAUGGUUAUGUUGACAUACUGUUCAUGACCUUCAAGGUAAUUAUGAAAACUUGUAUAUUUUUUCUCAUACUUGGAAUGGAAGGGUCCAUAUUUUGCAAUAGUUUUAAACUUAUCCUGUCAAGAAAUUUAGCUGUAAAUUUUUAUUUGCCUUACAAAACAAGAAAAAUGCUGUUUUAAAAUCAAAUUCUAAGGAGCAAAAGCAUAGACCUACUGUUUUAGUAUGGUUUUCCCAGAAGACUUUUACUUUUGCUUUCUUAGGAACAGUGUUCUCCUAUAAAAACUACACUAAAUUCAAGUAUCUCAAAUUUCUAGUUUGAAUGAAAAUGAUCAUCUUACCAAAACAAUUAUCACAGUUUUAGUGUGUUUUCUUAAUUUUUAAAUAAAACUAUUACUUUCAAAAUCCAAAAUGGAGAUAAUAAAAAUAACCAGCACAGAAAAUUUUUCAUUAAGUAAUGAAAUCUUAAUUUCUUUUGACUCUUCCACAAAACUGUUACAUUGGAAAAUGAAAUUAAAUCUUAGGCAUCUCAAGGCUAUUCGAGUCUUCAAUAUUUCAAGCACAAAUCUAUUAGAGUUCUCAUGAGCAGAAAACAAUGUGGUGCUUCUAGUAUUCAAUAGUCUGAGGACCUGACAGGUAGUUAGCAUGGAGUGAAAGGCCCUAAAGGAGUAUAUCAUUUGUGCCCACAUGAUUGUUUUUGGCUUUAGUCUAUUUUAGUUAGUAGUAUUUGUGCUCUUUUAAUUAUUCCUUUUCAAAAUUUUGAGUAUUAUAAAGGGCUCACUAUUUUUAACCUUUAAGAAUGCUUUCUUCAUUAAUAUUUCCACUUAAGAACAAGAUUGGUGUAAUUCUGGUGUGAUUUUCCCCAUAAGACUUAACUGACACAUGAUAAGUGUCUCUUAUACUAGAAGAGCAAAGAAGACAAAGAGGUCUUAUUAGAAAGUGAUAAGAUGAGCACAUAUCACUCCAGCCCAUCCCCCUUUAUCCUACAGGCAGAUAUUAUUUUACUCCAGUAAGAGCAGGUUGCACUGGUUGGCCCUAUGGACUACAGGAAGAGCAGGACAAACGCUAAGGCAGGAAUGCACUUUAGAAUUUGCCCACUUAAGGGACGGCAUGUGACAACUCCUUGGAGAUACUCAAAAGUGCAUUACCUAAAUGUCAUUAGGAAUUUUAACUUUUGACUUGUAUGUUAAAUAUUAAGCAUUGUUAGGGCAUAUAUAAUGACUAAGUCUUUCAGUGGGAAAUAAGUCAAAUAUUCACAAAAAUGCUCACUAUAGACAAAUUAUUUAUAUUUCAUAGAAACACAACUUAACUAAUGAUGUUGCCAUUUUUAAAAGAAUAGCCAAUAUUUACAUUGCUUACUAAAAUGAAAUAUAUUACCUUUCUCAAAGAUUGCUUAGCUAAAGGAGGACAAAUAGUCUUAAUUGGAAAUAACUCUAUAUAACGUUACACUUAAGAGACAGUGUAGUCACAGAGCAAAAGAAUUUUUAAAAUUUUAGCAAAAUAAAUACAUUUUGUAUUUUGGAGCAGACAAUUACCAAAUUAUAUUAUUAGCUUUUAUUUUGAGACGUUCAGAUGCAUAGCAUAAACCAGGUCCUCUUACCAUGACAGAUAACCUGGAAAUACCCCAUGCAAAAAAAAAACUAAUUAUAAUCCCAGUGGUUUUCUCAAACUAAUAAGACCUCAUUUGUACCAAAGACAUAUAAAAAAAGGUAGAAGUUAGAAUAGGCUGGUUGUAGAAGUCUAGAACAAGUGCUGUCUAACGUAAGUAUAACACAACAUGCAUAGCAUGCAAUUUUAUUUUUUAUUUUUUAUUUUGGUUUUUCAAGGUAGGGUCUCACUCUAGCCCAGGCUGACCUAGAAUUCACUAUGUGGUCUCAGGCAUGCAAUUUUUUUGAGACAGGGUUUUGUAAUGUAUCUCAGCAGGCCUUCCAUUUACCAUGUAUCCCAGACUGGCCUUGAACUCAUAGUCUCAUAGUGAUCCUCCUUCCUCAGCCUUCUGAGUGCUAGGAUUACAAGAAUGUACCACUAUACCCAACCAGAUAUGUGAUUUAGUUUUUUCUAUUAUCCACAUAAAGAAAAACAUGAAAUUAAUAACAGUAUAUUUUAAUCCAAUAAAUCUAAAUUAUAUCAAUAUUAAAAUUAAUGAGAUGUUUUGAAUUAUUUUUAUACUGCUUCUUAAAUGGACAGUGCACACACUUUUAAUACAUACAGUAGCCAAUAACAACCUGUAAAUGGCCACUGUGUUAGACAGCUCUUGGUCUAGAGUACUUUUUACUUUAAGCAAAAUGACAUUUGAAUUUCUGUGCUUAAAUUUGAGCUGCCUCAGUUUCCCACAUUGGUAAUCUGUUGAGAGGUUAAGAUGAAGAUGCUUCACAAAUGUUACAGACAUAAAUAAGUAACAUUAUUGGUUACUCCUGAUUAUUAUGCCUCAGAAUAGCAUUUUCCAGUAUGACUUCAAAGGGCAAGAGUUUCCUGAGCAUUGCUGAAUUGUGUUCUUGCCAGAGUCCCUCAGGCCCUGUAAACCUGACCACAUUCUAGUCUCCUGAAUACUGCCAGAGAGCCAACAAUAUUCUCACCAAAACCUACUUUGGGCACACCAUGGGGCCCACUGAGCAGACUACCCAAUAGCAGUUUGACAGUCCUGCAAUAAGCUGGACACCACCCUUAUUUUGAAGGUGAUCUUUCUCUAUGUAAACUGAUAGAACCAAAUGAAUUUGCACGAUGGGCUUUGUAUUAAGAUGGUAACAAUGUGCCAGUUAUCCCCAAAGUGGGACUAUGAACAUAAAGUAGAUUUCCUUAGAAGGGCUUAAUCAACACUGCCAUUACACAUAGAUUUUUUGAAACAAAAAUACUUUUGGAAUCUUUUUACAUACUGAUUUUAGAAUAAUUGUCAAUGUUCUAUAGUCACUUGUAGUGGCAGACAGAAAGAAAGGAGCAGCUUGCCUUUUACUGUGACCUCAAUUACACACUAUUUCGAUUUAGACUGUUUAGCAGGUCCUAGUUACAGUUAUAUAAGCAAGGUAACUCAUAGAGUGUUGCCUACAGGCUGAUGAUUUAGACAGCCAUUUUGCUUCGUGAUUCAGCUUUUAUUGCAACAGCAGCAGCUGGUUGCACUUCAGGUGGGAAAAAGCAAAGGCAGUUCCAGAAGCGGCCAAAGAUAAAUCUGUAAACCAUUCCUCCUGCUUUAGGAUCGUUCUUGCAAUGCCAAACGAAGACUGGAGGUCAUCGAAGUGAAUUACUACUAGUUUCUUCAUAAUGAAGGUUGACAACAUACACAAUUGACAAAUAUUCACAGGCCACCAAUUAGACCAUUACAGUGCCAUUACGUAAUCUAGUUGUCAUGGCAGAGUGUUCAGCCUGGUUAUCUAGGUUUACUUGAGAUAGCACAAAAUUUCCAGACAUUCACUUAUAUAAUGAGAUUUGUAAUAUCCUUGUAAUUACUGCCUAUUAGGUCAUAAUCCAAUUUCCUGAAUGCUCAUCACUGAUUUUUUCCAGAUCAGGGUCAUUGCUGACAUUUGAGCAUUUUCUGAUUGGACACUGCUUUCUGAUUAGACAUGUGUCUGCAGUGUUCUCAUUUUUUAAAAAUUUAUGCACAUGUAACUUCAAUAUUAUGUUUAUAAUCAUACAAAAAUGUACAUAAUAAUUUUCUAUUUAAAAACUUCAAGUCAUUUUACUUCCUUGUAAAAGGCUGACUCUCUAGUUCUUUGAAAUUAUAGAAAUGAAGGGAGGACAGAGGGAGGGCAGCAGAGAGACAGACAGACAGACGCAUCCUGAAUAUAUAUUAACUACACACUUCAAUGAAAACGAAUUUCAACAUUUCCUCUUUCUAUACUUUGACCCAUUAAGGGCAUUAGUCUUUGUGGAUAUUACCCAAAGUCAAAUAAUGUAAUCUUAGUUCAAACAUUUUAUGCUUAUCUUGGAGAAUAAUAACAAACUGAAUUAGUUUAUGUUUCCUUAAAAUCAAAUUUUCUUAUGUGUUUUUUGAUGUACUCAAGAAGGCUUGGAUGUCUGAUCUUAGCACAUUAUUCAUACAAAUAGCUGUUCUUGCACACUUUGAAGAUGGACCUGAAAAUCUCAUAAAAACAGAAUAUUUAUAGCCAAUCUGAUCUUUGCUUUGAUUCAUUGUGUUAAAAUGACAGAUAUUUAAUAUUAAGUAAGAUUGAAUAAUCUUCACGUUCCAUCAAAAAGAUUAUUUCAACCUACUCAUAUACAAUAGACUUUGUAUUAGAUUUUUUUUUUGAAAGCUGUUUUUCUGACACUCUCUCCCAACUUGGACAGUUGUGAAUGAUAAAAAUCUACUAGGUACAUGUUUUCUUUGUCCUUUACUUUAUAAAUGGAAAAGUCUAUUUUGUAAAGGGAACAAUUAAGUAUGGCCACAUAUUAAAAACUAUCAUUUUAUAAGUGUGCUUCCUUUUAACCUAACCUAUUUUGAAUGCCUGUAAUGUGGCUAAUAUACAGUUGCAUCAAUUACAAAAUUAAUGAUUACUUUUUUCUUUAUAUGACAUUCCUAGUUUCAGGAAUAUUUGGUAUGGUCAUGUUCUAACAUUGUAUGUUAUAACAUUUCCAUUUGUUAAGUACUUAGGUCAAAAUGACAAAAUAGUUCUUUAUUCUACUAUGUCCAAUAGAUGUUGCUGUUUGCCUUGAAAUGUCUAAGUGUCCUGUGAGUUCAGUGAGUGAUAACAGCUGACUUGAAGUAUAAGAAAUUCUCUAUGCCCAAACAAUAAAGGAAUAGACAAUAGGGGCUGUCAAUUAAAGAGUGGGUAAUGCUAAUAUGCUACUAUUCUUACUUGUUUGGAUGCCUGUCAUUUUACUUUUGGUUUUUGAGAUAUACAUAUAAAAUUAAUCUGCAUUUAUCAAAAUGACUUCUACAUAAUUCCCAGAGGAUCUAAAUUUAAAUCUUCAAAGAAUAGUUUUUAGGGACCAAAUUAUAGUUGACAGGACAAAUCUUCCAAAGUCCAUUUUUAUUGAAACACUAUAGGACUUAUUUUCUUGCAUAUCGUUUGAGGCUGUUGUCAAGCUACCAGAACAAGAUAAGCAUUUUCAAUAGAGUCCACAUGAAUCACAACACCUGAAGUAUUUAUCUGACCCUUGAGAGAGAGACUUUGUUGUAUAUUGUACCUCAUGCUUUUAUCCUCUGGGAAUUCAUAUUCCUAGACUGCCAAGGUUUUCCCUUAGCUUACAGUCCUUACUCUUACUAGCUUCUUAGGAAGUUAGGUUGAGUUUCAUGUUACAAAUAGUCUCACAGCAACUGUGUAGGAAGCAGAAAUUAAAAGUGAAAUUUCCAGGGUAAAGAGAUGGCUUGGUGGCUAAGGCACUUGCCUAUGAAACCUAAGGACCCAUGUUUGACUUUCCAGAUCCCACAUAAGCCAGACACAGAAAGGUAAUACAAGUACACAAGUUUUCACAUGCAUACUAGGUGGUACACGCGUCUGGAGUUUGAUUACAAUGGCUGGAGGUCCUGGCGCACAAGUUCUCUUGCUUGCUCACACACAUUUUAAAGGAAAAAAGCAAGGCCAUUCUGUUGGGCUUGCCUCCAAAAAACAAACAAACAAAAAAGUAAAAUUUCCCUGCAGAACCAAAAUAUGUAAAAUUGCAUCGUUCUUGAAAAAGAAAAUUAGAGUGUGAGCUGAGUCAGUUACGAGUGGGAGCUCAGUUUUUGGUUCUUUGAGCAUGUUUUAGGAAUUUUGUAUUUAGAAGCAUAUCAACGAAAUGAAAUUCAUAUACAUCACAAACAUUUGUUCGCAUUCGAGUCAGUCUGAAGCACUGUCGGCUAAAAGUUGAGAGCUCUUUUGUUCUGAGUCUCUCAGAACGCUGAAGUAAUUCAUAGCAACUGGAUUUUCAUGAACUUCGAGGACUCGGUGUGUUGUAUCGUGUGGCAUUCUUUGACAGUGACAACAGCUUGCUCAUUCAGGGAACAUACAAAUGGAUUACUCGAUCAAGUAAGAAAACUAUUUUCCAAUGCUCAUGCUUUUUUCAGCAUUCUAUAUUUCAUUUCUUUGAAAAGGCUUCGAGUAAAUGCUGUACUUUUCCUACAACUAUAGAAAUCCAAGAAAGGCCCCAUAAUAUAUUUCUGCACAGAGAAAUUACUCACUUAAAAAUACCUGCCUGAAGGUCUUUUUAUACUUGAAGGGAAGCAGGUGACCCAGAUAUUGAGAGAGAUUUAGGCAUUUAUGACUGUGUUUCAGUUUGACUUUCAAUGUCUGUAGCCAAAAGGUUAUAAAUAAGAUGUUGAGCAGAAACCCACUAUCUGCCUAUCAUUAGGAAUAUCUAAACUUAUGCAUAAAUAUACAUUCUUUGGAAAAAAAAAUGUUGCAGCAAUCAAUACUAUAGUCACGGGGAUAUGUCCCAGAAUUCAUGAGCAAAAGGUGUGAGUCAUCUGCCAGGUCCUCUGGCUAGCUCGUGUAGGAGACAGACCUUAAUGGAAGGAAAGGCCGCACUAAAUACACACUAGGCCUCGCAUUCCUACUUCCUUACCUCCUGAGCUGCUCAGAGUUUGAAGGUAGUUAUUGACAGGCUUAAAUGUCUUAGAAAUGAAUAGACCCAAAUCAAUGGUUCAUUUUCUUCCUGGAAAUGAAACCCCACAGUUUUAGAGGGUGUUUGGCCUAUAUGGAAGCAUACUUUACAGACAUGAUUCACUAAUGUGAAAGCCUCCCAGAAACAGACCAUUCCAGGAACCCUUUUUCCCAGUCAACUUUCCCUGAGAGACCUAUCACAUGUAGUGGAGGAGACAGAGAUGAGCAAAACCCAAUGUUACGCUCCAUGACUGGGCAUUUAAUUAGACAAGGCAAGUGUAUCUAUCUACACAACCUGUGCUAAAUCAUGGCAGAUGGUAAGCCCUCUAGGGAUAGAAAGCGGGAAAUGCUGCCUUUUGUCAUAAAUGAGCAAGGAGGGCAGGAGAGAUAGCUUAGCGGCUAGGGCACUUGCCUGCAAAGCUUAAGAACGCUGGUUCCAAUCUCCUGGUGGGUCCCACAUAGUAGUAGCUGGACGCGUGAUGCAAGCAUGCAAUGUCGCACAUGCCCACAAGGAGGCGCACACAUCUGGAGUUCAUUCACAGCAGGUGAAAGACCCUUGCAGCAUCUAACCCCCCCCCUCUUUCAUAUUCUUUCUCUCUCUCAAAACUCAAACAAUAAAAAAUCCUAUUUAAAAAAAAAAAAACGAGCAAGGAAAGCUUCGUGUGAAAACAGCUAAUCAGGAUGGGCCAAAUCUUUGCAGAAAGGGAGGAAGCCGCACGUCUGGGUGAGGAUUGGCUGAGCCUAGGCAGAGAUAAGAAAGGAUGGGCAAAGUGGAAAAGGAGCCAUACUCGAUGGGAAGGAGGUGUUGCUGUGCGUCAGUCUUGGAUCUGUGCAGAAUUAGACGAGGUAGGCUCUCUGCUCUCUGGAUGAACACAGGUGCAGCCUUGCCUCGGCACACGUAGCUCCGCACAUUUGGCUGGUCUAGUGCACAUCUAAGCAGAAUGAAAACCAUCGAACAUAUUGAAGACUUUUUUUGCAAGUCAACAGUAUAAACAUAGCCUCUGCCACUAAAAAUUUAAUUUAAUUUAAUUUAAAAAACCUGUAUUGGCCAGAUCUCCACUGAAGAAGAGUACGCUAUCAAUGUGCUUAUCUGAGUUAAGCUUACAAAACUCCAGUCUAUGUGACUAAGAAACCACUUACUAAUGGGUGGCUAGUGGAGGCCCAAAUCAAAGGUUCCAUUGUUAUUUUGCAUGACUUGAAAUGACUUCUACAGGACUGAAGACAGAAUGCUGCCUGAACGUUUAGAAGGAAAGAAUUUGUAAAGCUAAGUCAACAAAUGACAAAAAAAAAAUUUUUUUUUGAAGGUUAGAACUCCUUUCCCCAAACAUUAAGAUCGUCCUGUCAAGUUCUUUCUCUCUUACCAGUCUUCUGUCCAGUUUAUAUACCCCUCUGUAAACUGCUUUUUAUAUCACUCAUUGCAGACACACUUUUUCCAUCCACCUUCAAGAAAUUUGUUUUUUAUAAGUAUCACACACUAACCGAUUACAACAAUAUAACUCCAAUAAUUUUUUUAAAUCUUUACUGCCAAAUAGAAUUUUUUAAAGUAUUUUAUUUAUUUAUUUAUUUAUUUGACAGAGAAAGAAAACUGGCACGCCAGGGCCUCCAGACACUGCAAAUGAACUCCAGAUGUGUGUGCCCCUUGUGCAUCUGGCUAAUGUGGGUCCUGGGGAAUCGAACCUGGGUCCUUUGGCUUAACUGCUAAGCCAUCCCUGUAGCCCCCAAGUAGAAUUUGACUUCAGGGUGAAUACUUGUGUCUUGAAACCUUGCUUAUUUAUGGCAAUUUCUAUGAUUAGUGAAUAGCUACAUUAUUCCAGGGUACGUGAAAUAAGGAGAGAGAGGGACAAAGAUUGACUCUCAUCUGAGUAGUAGAAAGGAAUUCACAAACAUUGAGAAAGGAAAACUUCCUAUGAAGGGUUUUCAGGCUUACAUGGCAUUAUCUGUGAAGUCAUUUUUAGUCUUUUCUAGAUGUAAAAUUUGUACUUGUGGGUUGUUGAAAACUUUCAAGACUCAAGGAACAUAAGCAGCUCCAGUAGCGGCACAAGGACUAGAGGAAUGGAAGACCAUCACGUGCAGAAAAUCUAGAGUUCUAGUAGCUUAGACAUCAGUCCCAAACAAGAGCUUGUAAGACUUGGAGGACAAAGUAUAAAUAGGUUAGUUUGCAUAAUUGAGAAUACAGAUGUCUUUCCCAGCUUCCAAUUUAAAAGUACUGAAAAAUAGUUGUGAGCAUUUCAUUUUAAAACUUGUCAACAUGGUGCUAUUGAUACAAAGAUACAUUACAAUAUUUUUAGCUAAAUAUAUGUCAGGCUUAACCAUAAAUGUAAAUACAGAAACUUUGUAGCAAAUUCAUCAAAAUCAUGCCCAUUUCCUAAUGGAUGAGCUACCAUAUUCUUCAAUGGUGGAGUGACCUAAGACUUCUUACUUUCUUUGAAGGGAACACAACAGUCACUGGCUUUCAGCUGUCAAAAACCAAGAACAUUUUAGAGCUCACUGUGGCUUCUUCUUGCAUGCAGCUUGGACAAUUUGAUAAUUAAAUGUGCUCAUUUGGCAAUGCUGGGUUGGGCAUGUUUGCCAUGAACUUGAACAAAUAAUAUGUGAAAUGAGCAAAAGUGAAUGUUGGUAGACUGAUGGUAGAAACUGACUUUAGUGAGGGCCAGUGUUACUUUGUGUAAGUUCCACAGACUGUCAGAAAAUGCCAAAAGAAGCCAAAACUGCAAUCGGAAAUCUGUAAAGCAAUUUGCAUGUACAGUAUGAUAAUAAAUCAUGUAAGAACCCACCAAAA